AUGGCAUCUCCACCGCCAGCCACCGUGAUCCAGAUUCCUAAUUCGCACACCAACGGCGUGCCAGUGAGAUCACCGACGAUCAUUACCGCCCCACACAUGCCUAGUAAGGUCGCCGAUGCUGAAUCCACGGCUAUGCCGUCAGCACCCAAUCCCGGGACUGCGACCGACAAGAUGAUGGCAAGCACGGCGAACCUGGCGCAGCUCUUGCCGACUGGCACUGUACUGGCGUACCAGGCGCUGUCUCCAACGUUCACAAACCAUGGGAGUUGCUACCCGGUGAACAGGUGGCUCACCGCAGUGCUGGUCGGCGUCCUGGCUGUUCUCUCCCUCUUCUUCUCGUUCACCGACAGCAUCAUCGGCCGUGACCGCAAGCUCUACUAUGGCAUGGCCACGCCCCGCGGCUUCAAUGUGUUCAACUUCUCCGGGGAGGAGGAGGAGCAGGGGUGGGCGCUUGGCGAGCUGCAGCGGCUGCGGCUCCGCCCGCUGGACUACGUGCAUGCCUUCUUCACCGCCGUGGUGUUCCUCACCGUGGCGUUCAGCGACGUUGGGCUCCAGAGGUGCUUCUUCUCCAACGCUAGUGACAACACCAAUGAGCUCCUCACCAACCUGCCGCUGGGGAUGGCGUUCCUGUCCAGUUUUGUGUUCUUAAUCUUCCCAACAAAGAGGAAGGGCAUCGGCUACAACGAUACCACACCCCGUCAGAGAGCAGCUUGA